AUGACAGACACUAUCACCAAUCCUCCGUUCAUAGGCAUCAACAACUUUCGCGACGUCGGAAGACUUCCUCGCAUGAAGGAAGGCAUGCUCCUACGCUCUGGUCGUCUUGAUAAAGCUACUGCAGAAGAUACACAGCUGAUGGUAGACAAGUAUGGGUUGAAGACUGUCAUUGAUUUAAGAACCAAAACAGAGCAUUUAAGGUCUCGGGAUUUCGAAGUGCAAUGUGAAAGACGGUGGGACACGGUGAAGAUUAACUUUAUUGGAAGGAAGUUUGAGUUGAAUCUAUUGAAGCAAUUGAGGUGGUGGCAAGCUUUAUGGUUCAUUAUCCUCAUUCUCUUUCGGCAACGUAUGGCGGCCAUACGUAUAAUCGGGAAAAAUGUGAUGAGUCCCAGAGGACUCGCCGAGCUAAGUAAAGAUUCUUUACGGUUCUGUCAAGACGAGAUUCUUCAGGCAUUGGAGGUAUACAUCAGUCCUCAAGUCUAUCCUGUCCUUGUCCAUUGUACCCAAGGCAAAGAUCGUUCAGGUCUCAUAAUCAUGCUCGUUCUCUUCGUACUUCAUAUUCCACUGGACCUUAUAAAAGCGGAUUAUGUAUUAUCGAAUGAAGGUUUGGAACAAGUGCGGGCAUCAAUGAUGAUCGAAGUAUUGGAAAUUGGGAUGGACGAAAAAUAUACCCAGGCGCCGGAGGAAGUGGUCGAUGAGGUAUGGAGUUUCCUCGAAGACGGCGGAGGCGUAGAUGCGUAUUUAGAUGAGAUUGGAUUUGGUGAAAGUAAAAGGCAGAAACUCAGAGAAUUACUGCUGGAGUACAAUUAA